GUUAUUUUCACUUAUGCGGUGCAGCUUUUCUCAAACGAAGUUUUCCUGUUUCGCAAUUUUCGUCUUCCAUAACAAUUCCAACCGAAAGAUUUCCAAUUGAAUUACGUGAUUAAAUUAUUGGGAGUUCAUUAUGGAUCUCUGGGCUGUUCAUGUUAAGAACACCAAUCCAAACCCCUUUGUACUGAGGAAUUCAAUUCCCGAGAAACCCAUUUUCUGGAACUUGAGAAAAAUGGGUUAUUUCAGAGUUGAAGACGGGAGGGCUUUCGAGAUGAAGGAUUUGAAAAGGAAGGCUUCUUCUUCGUCUGUGUAUCAAUCUUUUGUAGUGAAAGCUAUGGGAAAGAAAAAUCACGAGAAUUCCAAUUCACCUUCAUCUUCGGUGUUUGGAUGCUAG